AACAAAGAAUUGAAGAUGGAAACUUUUGUGGAUAAGAAUGUUUCCCACGUGGUAGCUUCUACCUUUAGCCGCCAAGGGACAUGAAGUCAUCUAAUCUCUUCAACAAAACUCCCUAAACCCACACCACACACUAUUAUCUGCAUCUAUCUUCUUAUAUUCACCUCAUUUCAUUCCUUUAAUACCCAAAAUGCCACUCAUUUUAAAUUUACACCGUACAGACUACCCUCUAGUUUUCUUGGGAGACCUAGUUUUGGGACUUCGCCUAUUCUGAUGAUUGUUUGUAAGGCUGAAGUUGGAUAAUGCAGUUAUUAGAGAGAUGAGCUUCAGCUUGAGCUUCUAUUCUCAUUAUUAGUGGAGCACUUUUUUUAUUUUUUUUUUAAGUUUCAGGUUCUUAUUUAACAUUUGAAAAACAAGGUCAUAAAGAAACAAAACAGUACGGGAAUGUCAUGUUCUCUUGCUUCACCAUAACCUUGUAAAUUAUAAGCACAGUAUCAGAAUUCCUCUGUUCCUAGGCUCUCAUUUUUUAUGAUGUGAUGGAGAUGCAGACAUGAUCAUGAUAAAAUUGCUUCAGCCUCUGCCAUGGUGGAUCUUGAUCAGGAGGAAACUGCACCCAUCACUCUUAACAUGUCCUCUAAAAAGAAGGAGCUUCUGUCCACAGCCAUGAAGAGAACCAGCGAGUGGAUUUUCUCUCAGGAGAUUCCCAGUGAUGUCACUGUUCAAGUUGGAGGAGCAUCUUUUUCACUGCAUAAGUUUCCAUUAGUCUCUAAGUGUGGAUACAUAAGGAAAGUGGUGUCAGAAUCCAAUGAUGCUGAUCUUUCAGUCAUAGAAAUUCCUGAUGUUCCGGGUGGGGCUGAAUCAUUUGAACUUGCAGCUAAAUUCUGUUAUGGGAUAAAUUUUGAGAUAAGCACUGAGAACAUUGCCAUGCUAAGAUGUGCGGCAGAGUAUCUUGAGAUGACUGAGGACUAUGCGGUUGGAAACCUUGUGGGAAGAACUGAAGCCUACUUGAAUGAAGUGGCACUUAAGAGCCUAGCAGGAGCAGUUUCUGUAUUACAUGCGUCAGAAAAUCUCCUCCCUAUUGCAGAGAAAGUUAAAUUGGUGGGCCGGUGCAUAGAUGCGAUAGCAUAUUUAGCUUGCAAAGAGAGCCAGUUUUGUAUGUCUGGCAGGUCUGAGAGUGGCAAUGAAAGUGCAAUGGCUUCAGCAAUCUCUAACUCAAAACCUAUUGUUGAUUGGUGGGCUGAAGAUAUAGCUGUUCUUAGAAUCGACAUCUUCCAACGGGUUCUGAUUGCAAUGAUUGCAAGAGGGUUUAAACAAUAUGCUCUUGGUCCCGUGCUUAUGCUUUACGCACAGAAAGCUCUUAGAGGUUUGGAAAUAUUUGGAAAGGGGAGGAAGAAAAUUGAGCCACGACAAGAACAUGAAAAGAGGGUUGUCUUGGAAACCAUAGUGAGUCUUCUGCCAAGGGAGAAAAAUGCAAUGUCUGUAAGCUUUCUAUCUGUGCUGCUACGAGCAGCAAUAUACCUUGAAACAACUGUUGCUUGUAGACUUGAUUUAGAGAAAAGGAUGGCCUUGCAAUUAGGGCAGGCUGUUCUGGAUGAUCUCUUGAUUCCUGCCUAUUCUUUUACUGGGGAUACAUUGUUUGAUGUGGACACCGUACAGCGGAUCAUGAUGAAUUACCUAGAAUAUGAAACUGAAGGGAGCCAUGUUGGCUAUAAAGAUGAAGAUGAGUAUAUUUCUCCUCCACCAAGUGACAUGGAAAGGGUGGGAAAGCUAAUGGAGAGCUACCUAGCCGAAAUAGCAUCUGACCGGAAUCUAUCUGUCUCAAGAUUCAUAGGUCUCGCUGAACUCAUUCCAGAACGAUCGAGGGUAACAGAGGAUGGGAUGUAUAGAGCCAUAGAUAUCUACCUCAAGGCUCACCCCACCAUAACUGACUUGGAGAGGAAGAAAGUUUGCAGCUUGAUGGAUUGCCAGAAACUCUCUCGGGAGGCAUGUGCUCAUGCUGCUCAAAACGACCGUCUUCCUGUCCAGACCGUGGUUCAAGUUCUUUACUAUGAGCAACAACGCCUUAGAGAUGUCAUGAAUGGAAGCAUCUCAAGUGGAGAUUCCCCUGCCAUUUCUUCCAGAGUGAAUUUAUACCCCACUGAUAUCCACCCAGUUUCAGAUGAACUUUCCAGCUUAAGAAGAGAGAAUCAGGACCUGAAACUAGAACUAGCAAAAAUGAAAAUGAGAUUGAAAGAAAUAGAAAAAUCAUCAUCAGUUAAAUCAGCAGUAAGCAGUCCUAUGGGAAAUAUUCUGCCUUCAUCUGAUAAGCCUCCUUUGCCUAGAAAAUCAUUUAUGAAUUCAGUUUCUAAGAAACUUGGACGGCUUUAUCCUUUUGUUCGGGCGGAUCAUGGAGUCUCAGCUUCCGGUGCCAAAGGUCGAACAAGACCCAGCAAAGAUAGGAGACACUCCAUAUCUUGACACAUUGGCUUGCCUCCAUCACUACUUUUCUGAAGAAUUUAAUGUCUGUGCUGCUUUAAGGCUUGAGAAAACUUGUAGCUGUCAUCUCUCUUUUUCUUCUUUUUUUUUUGGGGUACCAUCUAAAACUCUUGGACCCCUUCUAUAUCUGCUUCUUUUGUGUGGUUUUGCUGUAAAUAAUAUCAUCUUUAUGUUGUUGAACACAUUUAUUCAAAAGAUGUUGAUAGGAAGUAGUAUCAAUGGAGGUUUCAAAACCUAUGAAAUAUGGGUCAUUAAUAUGUACUGAAGGGGUUCGAAUCUUAUCUUAAUCUAAGGUGCCAUUCGGAUUCAGUUGCACCUUCAGUAGGUGCGGUUAGAAUCCUCAACAGGACUGAAAUUAUGUUUUUCAACCUCAUUGGACCACUGUUUUCUCACUGGAUUUCGCCCCCUCCUGUGGAAAUGUUCUUGUCCACAGCAGCUCUCCUUUCCUGUA